GCCAACUCAGUCGGCUGGCCACGCUCACGCUCCGAACUCGAAGUUCCGUGCUUCUCCCGUUGACACUUUCUGUCGUUCUGUGCCGUAUAACUAGUAUGUCCGAUGUUGGUGACCGUCUAUCGCGUAUGGCAUAGUGAUAAUAUCGUAAAACGAAAGCUUAAAAAGUGUAUAACUGUCAUGCGACAAAAAUUGACUAUUAAUAAAAAGAUGCUGUCAGUGGUAAGUGCCGCCGGCGUCAAUGCGGCGGCAGGAAUGGGUGGCAUGGACCGUCUGGGAGGUGGUACUAAUAGUAGUAGCGGCAGUGUAGUGAGUAAUGGUAAGACUGCGUCGUCAGUAUCGUCGUCUAGAGACCAUCGAACGCAGGUGCGUAGGUUGCACGCCACGACGAACGGCGUCGACCAUUCGACGACGGCAGAUAUCACCAUCAAUUUGCCACCUAGUAUAGAAAUGCCUGACGGCGAAGAACAUCCGUUUACAUCGGCUAGGUUACACAUUCGAGAUCCAGAACAAGAAUCCGAAAUUUACCAGAAGUGUAUUCGACCGCCUCCAAACCGCACAGUACUAGAAAGCGAGUCCCCGCCACCGUACAGGUCCUGUUCAGCCGGAAUGCUAUCGACCUCGUCAUCCAGCAGCAGCACCAGCAGCGAAUGGUCGACCUCUUCGAAUCCCCUAGUAGUCCGGUGCCAUUCGAUGUCCUCAACUUCUUCAUCAAAACCUAUAAACAACCCAUCUCAUAGUGUAACUAUACAAAAGACUGAUUUUUUACAAAGAACUGUUAAAAUUUUUACGGGGGGUGGCAAAAAGACCGCCUCACAGCAGACUGUUUAUCAACCGCCCCCGGCUCCGACGUUGCCAGUCGUCAUCGUGCCCACCAUAGUGAGGAGCCAGAGGGUCGUGAACAAACCCCCCUCUGACGUUUGA